GUCUCGACGUCCUCUCCGUGCGGUCCGCCUGUCGUUUUCCCCCGACUAACCCCAACUAACCCAACUAAACACGCAAAACGACUUUAGGUACUAAUUCCAGUGCGCGGGAAAAGCGCCAUUUUGGUUUUUAUUUUUUCGAAUGGGAAGCGACGCGCGCUAGUGUGUAGUGUUCGAAAUUUGAAUUUUGAAGUGCGUUUCGGUGGUGCAUUAUUAAGGAUUGAAAGGAUUUUUUGUCAAGAAUCCUCAACUCGACCGAACCACGCAAAGAACGUCACAGUGCCCGUCAACACGAGGCCAUAACCGCGGACGCUCGAGACGCAUCCGACACGACACGGUGACGUCACGACAUGGCGUCCACCGACACCUCGACCUCCAGCACCGGCCCCGCCGCCGACAAGCGGACCGUCGACGAGGCGUUCCUCAACAGGCUCAAGAACCUCGUCGAAAGGCUCCGGCUCGAUAACGCAACCUUGAAGAAGUCCCUCGACACCGAGCGGAGCGGAAUAAGAGGACUGAAGGCCCUCCACGAAGCAGCUAUCAGAAACUUGAAGACUGAACACAGAAAGAAGGAGGAAUUCCUAGAGAAGCAAAUCAGAGUACCCUCGAAAACAGAGAAGUGCGAAGAUGGUAACAGAUUAGCGGAUUGCAAAAGGUUAACCAUUGAAAUUCAGUCUUUAAAAGCAGCUAACAAAGGUCUUCAAGAAAAAGUCAAGGUCGCGCAAGCGGCGGAGUGCGCCCGCGCGGCGGAGCUGCGCGCGCAGGCGGCGAAGCACGCGGCGCUAGAGCUCGCCGCGCGGAAGGACGCGCGCGCGCAAUGCCACAAACUGCUGGAGGAAAUCAAAUCGAAGGAGCGAGUUAUAUUGCAGCUGAAGAGAGAGGCAGCGAGGGGAGCCCAGGACAGCACACAGGCACCAAGAAUGGAGUGUGGUGCCGCUGAGCUGAGUAGAAAACUACGAGUCGACCAGAGUAAAGAGAACAGUGACCGUGAAGAUUUGAAAACGGAUAUACAACACAGAAAAGAAACAUUUUAUAGGGAGGCUCCCCCGGCAGACUCGGCGGUUUCGUCCGCGCCUGCCUCCCUCUCGCCACAACCGCUCACCGAUAUGUGGUCAUGUGGGCAAUGCCGCGCGGCGCAAGAGCGCGCGGCGUCGGCUGCGCGGGAGUGCGCGCGGCUGGGCGAGCAGCUUCGGGACGCGCGCGACCAGUUGGAGUUGAUGGAGUUCAGAUUGCUGGAGUUGGACGCGCUGCCGGACAAGGCAAGGGACAACCUAACGGAUUCCGACUCAGGCUGCGUGUCCCCCGGCUCACGCAUCAAAGACUCCGCGUCCCCAGAGCUCAAGCGAAUGGAUUCCGGAUACAAAUCCCCCGCCCCCAGCUCCCCCCACCCACGCCGCCAUGUCACAACCCCCCAUGACGACUUUAAAGAAGACUUCGCGAAGGCCCAGGUCCUCGCGGACAUCCUCGACCGCACCUCCGAGUCCAGUGACUCGUUGAGGAGCAAUCCGGUGAAGGAGCAUUUGGAACAGAUGAUCUUGAACGCUGGGUCGGUGGAAGACAGGAACUGCUUGGAGCAGGUGCUGAUGCUGCUGUAUAAUCUUCAGGCGCUGAGCAGUUCUGUUAGCGAGGAUGAGUGCUAUCAGAUCAAACCAAAAAGAAUAUGUGACCUGAAAACGAAACAGGAAACUGAUAUCACUUCGCAAAAAAUCCAAAAAGCAAUCGCAACAGUCACCCCAUAUCAGCAGAAAGGGUACAAGUGUGAAUCCCUCGAAAGCCUUUGCAGUGACGAAAGAAAACCUAGCAACGUUUUACAAGAAAGCGGGAUUUUCGAGGGCGUCGAAACAGAAACGAGGAGCACACAAACAGAUGUCAACGACAGUUUUGAAUGCUCCGGCGAACUUAACACAGAAAUCCAACGACUGAAUAGCAUUAGGGAGAAGUUAGAGAGACAGGGAGUUAGAAAUAGGACGCUUAAUAGUAAAGAAGAGGGCGAUAGUUUAGAGUGUAGGUGUGUGAAAUUGGGAAAGAAACAUAAGCAGUAUUACGAGAGGAGGCUGAAGUUCUUGGAGGGAAAGAUCUCUAUAUACGAGGCGGCUCAGGACGUGAAAGAAGCUAAACUUGCACAGAGGUUGCAGACGGAGUUUAUAUUAGAGAAUAGGAUACAGGAGCUCGAAUUGCAACUUUCAGAACUUCAAGACAAAUACGAGAGGCUCGAAGAGGAAUGUUGUGAAUUGGAAGAAAUAGAAAAUGACACCCGUUUGCACUGGCAGCAGUUGGAGAUGGAUUAUGAGCUUUGUUCGGCGCAACUACGCGAUAUGACGGAGCAACGAGAAUGUUCGCGAGCCCAGGCCGAGCGCCUGAUGGCAGAGCUCAACAGGAACGAGUGCGCACUGAAACACAAACAGGAGGAGCUCCGCUCGAGACUGUGUAAACUGGAGAAGGCUGUGCCAGCUCUGAUCGCAUGGAACGUCAUUAAUGCGGUAGGCGCCUACAUUCCACCUGGCAAAGAGCGCAUGCUGGCAAGCCGGUGCCCCUUCGGCAAAGACACGCGGGCCGUGAUCAACCAGGUGCAGAAGGAGAAAAGUGGGGCGCUGGUCAAGUACGGGACGUCACGGUACGACGAACUGCCGGGCGUCGCCGACAUGCAGGAGAUGGUCUUCAAACUGUUAAAAGAAAAGAGAGAGAUAGAGAACCAGACGAAGACAGUGACAAACUCGCUAAAGGCCAAAGUGAGAGAACUGGAAGAGGAGCUAGAGUCCACUAAGAUACAGAUCAGAGUGGCGGAGUGUCGGUGCUGUUCCAAGGGGGACCAGAUCCAGGAGAAGAUCUCCGAGCUGAAGGAUAAGAUAGAUGGAGAGAGUCAGAAGGAGAAUCUCCCCGUGGACCCAGCGACAAUGGAAAAAAUCCAAAAGCUUCUCGUCAUCGAAAAGGAAUUGAAGGCGCGCGUCGCCGAGCUAGAGAGGCGGGAAACGGCCUACCUCGAGAUGUUGACUCAGGCCGACGAUAUGUGGGCUGAGAUGGAGGGCGGCUACAAGAAGAAAAUUGAGGAGGCGCACGCGUCUGAGAGCUGCUUGAAGGGACAGGUUAAAAAACUACAAGAUGAAAAGGACCAAUUCAAGAAAAUCAUCGAGCCCCUAAAGAAGACGAUCAGAGAACUUGAAGAGUCUGAUUCAUUACUGAAGAUAGCCCUCGAGAAAUCUGAACGGGACUCACAGAAGCACAAGAGCUUGAACCUGAACCUUCAGAACACGCUCUCGAAAACUCAGGCAGACUUUAGGAAGUCUGAGGCCACUUUUAAAUCUGUUGAAGCUGCGUUUAAGGGUGAAGUUGAGCAACUCCGCAAAAUGAACAAGAACAUCGAAAAGGAAAUGAAGACCACGAAGGAAGCGUCGCGGAAAACCGAACUAAAGUUCUUGAGCGAACUAGAGUCCGUUAGGAAAGAGCUGCAGAGAGCCUGCAAGAACCACCAGGAUCUGGAGGUCACCAACGGUGAACUGAAAGAGGAGGUCGAAUCUCUGGAAAAGCAGCUAGCAUUAACACAAAAAGCUUUAACCCAGUGCAAGAGGAAGUGUGAUGAGAAGAUCAAAACGUUAAGUCAUGAGCUCUCCAUUAAGACUGAAGAGCUGGAAGAGUUACGGAGCGAGACGAUGAGACAGUCGUUCCAUGCGUCUAGGAUAGAACUGAAGCCAGAUAGAAGCGAGUAUGUGGACGAAGGUUACUCCAUAUACACUGCCGUACCAAAGAAGACAGACUACGAUAGGAUGCAUCACAGUAUGAGCUACAUAACAUCAGAUUCGAGGUGCUCCUGUCCGGCUAUGAGGAGCCAACUCGUCGGGCAACUGAUCGAAGACCUCUUCGACAGAAUCCACAACACGGUCGACGAUGACCUCACUAGAGUGUGCAAAGAAAUCAAAGUCACCGGUAGAGAGAUGUCUGCUGAAACCAAAGCGAAAAUCACGAAUUACCUCUUAAUGGCGAUAUCUAAGGAGCUGGUCCGAUCGAUAGGCGACGCGGACGCGAAGACUGACACUGAGGAAUGGCGGCGCGCGGCGUCCACAAUGCCGCUGCCGUACCGCGACGCGCGAGGCUCGCGGCUCGAGGGCAACGCCGGAGUGCUGCAGGGCGCCGCGCGGCUGGCGAGCGUUAGUUGCGCGUGUGCUGCGGCGCGGCUUGCGGCCGCGCUGCCGGAUAUCGCUGAUGGAGUCAAAGUGUGUCAGGAAGAAGUUCUGGAUCACGGUGACGUUAAAAUUAUGGAGGAGCAGUUGGCCAAUGCCAUCGAGAGUAUUGUUAAUUGUCCAUCUUGUGCAUUGGGUACAAAUGCGAUAGUUUGGAGCACGGACGUCUAGAGCCGCCACUCGUGCAAUUGUUUAGUUUUAAAUCUCCACCGACCUCAAUCAGGUGCCUUCAGUAGUUUAGCCAGUAUCGUACGAAUGUAAAUAUAUUGUAUUAUAUCACCUACUCGAAUACGUAUCGAAAUAGUUAAGCGACAUAUCGAACAAACGUAACUAUAUCGAAUAAUUUAAGAAUACGCUUAGGUACGUAAGAAUGUCUCGACGUGUAUUGUAUCUUUAUUUAUCUUUUCAGUGCCAAGUGUUUUCUUGCGUGUAAAUAAUGUUUUUGGUUGAGUAAUCACGCAUAGAACUGAGUAUUAAUAAGUAAUAACCGCACAGUGCCUUAACUUGACGGAUAUAAUAUUUUUAAAUGAGGUUAUUAAUAUAUUCGCACGCAAAUUAAAGUACCUACACACAGUUUCGGUUCAAGAUAUUAGAACGAAAUAAGGAAAUUAUGGAACUCUGUUCAGUGCGUUUUUAUUCAUAGGUUGACGGUUUGAAAGAAAAUAUAAUUUUAUCAGUAUACUUGUAUACAGUAUAGGUUUUCAAUAAUCACGGAAGAGCGGUGCCUCCCAACACAGGCAUAUAUUGCUUACCGGGAGACACCAUCCCUCAAAUUAUAUGUACAGUUUUUUUAUGAAAUAAAGAAUUUUGUAUUUUGUAUUUGUAUACUUAACGACUUUGUUAGUCGAGUGUCAACAGAUUUUUCUUUGUUAAACCGUCAUAUGCUACGUUUCGUUUUAGACAGAAGUUAAUCGAUGUAACAAGACUCACAAAUUAGCGAAUCUAUGUCUAUUUGUAUUGUAAUAAUUGUAAUUUUGUUUUUAUUUACAAGAAUGACGAAUUAAAAUUAUUAUUUAAAAA